UUAGGUGCUUCAGAGACGAUUGUGCUGCCUACGAUGGCACACCCUUUCCCGAACGUGUGAGAGAGACUUACGGCGGCAUCUUCAUGGUGAGUUAUAUCUUGAUGAUCAUGACUGUCUCUGUGGGCGUCUUCAAUCUGAUCAUGGCCAUCUUCAUCGACAAUGUCACUGGAUCUCAGUUGCAACGUCGCAAUCGCGAACUGGCGGACUCCUCGGAAAAGGUGAGGGUCAUGAUCAAAGAGCACGUGGCGAGGUUCUUGGGCAAAGACGUUCGGUCUCGGCGGACCUUUGUCACAGGCGAUUUGGAUGUGCAACACAGCAUCUUGGACGAGCAGCUCUUGAAAGACGAGGUGGUGAUCCAUCGCGAGUCCUUUCAACGCUGGUUGCAGGAUCCUGAGUUCACGGAAGCGCUGGAAGAUGCGUACAUCGACGUGUCAAACAAAGCUCAUCUGUUUGACAUCAUGGAUGCAGAUAUGGGCGGACAUUUGUCUUUAGAUGAGUUAGUCGAGGGACUGAUGGCCCUGCGAGGAAGCGUCAAUAAAGGUGACAUCAUCAACAUGAGCCUGAAUCCUGGGACGAGACAAUGCACGAAAUGGUGAAUGAAUCGGGUUCAGUCCUGAAGCUAGGG